AUGGCAGAAAACUUGUCUUCACCACCGCCGCCCUCGACAUGCUUCCAGCUCAGCUUUCCGCGGCCCUUUGUGCUGCUCAUCACCAUUAACCGCGAAUCCGCCAUGAACUCGAUACCGAUGCGAGGGCACUGGGAAGGCCACGGUAUUUUCGAGUGGUUUGACAAGGAACCGAGUCUGCGAGUGGCCAUCGUGACGGGCAAGGGCUCGCGCAGCUUUUCUGCCGGCGCGGAUCUCAUUGAGCAGAGGAACAAGAAUGUCGAUGGUGGCGCGCGCAAGCCGACGGUGCCGCAGACGAUGCCGCCCAGCGGCUUCAUGGGCGUCAGUCGCCGGGUUGGCAAGAAGCCUGUUAUUGCGGCUGUCAAUGGGUAUGCGCUGGGCGGUGGAUUUGAAAUCUGUCUUAAUUGCGACCUUGUAGUCGCGUCUCCCAGCGCAACAUUUGGUCUACCAGAGGCGAAACGAGGUCUCUACGCCGCGGCAGGCGGCUUGCCCCGAGUAGCCAGAAUCUUUGGCAUGCAGCUCGCCAGCGAGAUUGUCCUCGCCGACCGCGUCCUCUCGGCCGCCGAGGUGCAACACUUUGGCUUUGCGAGAAUCUCCAAGUCCCCAGAGUCCCUCUUGGACGAAGCGCUGGACCUCGCCGACAGGGUGGGCACCUUGUCCCCCGAUGCCGUCAUUGUGAGCCGGGCUGGGCUCAGGCAAGCUUGGGAGACGGCCAGUGUUGAGAGGGCUGCGCAAUUGACGCAUGAGCGAUUUGCAGAUGGGCUCUUUAAUGGAGAGAACUUGCUUAUUGGAUUGCAAGCAUUUGCCAAGAAGGAAAAGCCAGUAUGGGCUCCUUCAAAGCUUUGA